UCAUGUUCCUCUCUUGCAGACGUAAAAAAAGAAGAAGUUCGGAUGAGACUCACCGACGAACUGGUAAAAUAUCUCGGCCCGUGAAUGUGAACGUGAACCUCGCUAUUAUCCAAAAAACCGAUGAACAAGAAACUGUAAUUAGGAACGCCAUUCUCGAAAAUGAAUUUUUACGGAACGUUUUACAUGGGAAACGGCUCAAAACUGUCGUGGAUACCGUUUACAUGAAAGAAACGAAUGAAAACGAAAGCAUAAUUGUUGAAGGGGAAAGUGGAACUCACAUGUACAUUUCCUACGAAGGAAUUUAUACCGUUUCCAAAAACGAUGAGGAAUUGGCUACAUUUAGUGACAAUAGGGUUUUUGGAGAAUUAUCUCUUUUGUACAACGCCAAGCGUUUGGCAUCCAUCAAAUCGGUAACUCCUGGUAAAUUAUGGGUGUUGAACUGUAACGACUUCAAGGCGUUGAUGAUAAAAACAGCAAUUGAAGAACAAGAAGAAAUAGUGGCGUUCCUGAAGGAAGUUCCUAAACUUAACACCGUUAGCGAAGACUUGUUGAUUAGAGUAGCCAAUCUGUUUGAGGUUGAGUUCUUUCCGAGCGACACCAAAAUCGUCGUCGAAGGCGAAAAGGCUGAUAAGUUUUACAUAAUAAGGGCCGGAGAAGUUUCCGUGAGUAAAAAGGACGUGGGACGUUUGGACACGUGUCUGGGUAGAGGAUCGUUUUUUGGUGAAUUGGCUAUUUUGAAGGAGGAUGUCCGGGCCGCCACCAUAACGGCCAACUCUCCGGGUGUGGAGUGUCUCACACUCAGCAGUCAGCAUUUUAUCGACCACUUCGGAGACGUGGAGGAGUUCGUCAACAUUAAACUCUCUAAGGUCCACACUCCGACUACAGAAGACAAAGACUACAAAUAUUUAGAAAUAACAGACUUCUGUUUGGUCACGACCUUAGGUAGAGGCGGUUAUGGACGGGUCGAAUUGGUGAGGCACAACAAAAAGAAAGACAUGGUUUUUGCAUUGAAGUACGUCAGAAAAGACGUUGUUAAGUCUGUGUCUGCUCACAGUCACAUUUUAAACGAGAAGAAGCUGCAAAUGUCUUGCGACAGUUCCUUUAUUGUCAGGAUGUAUCGAACAUACAAGGACGCAAAGUACGUGUACUUUUUGCUGGAGUGCUGCUUGGGUGGAGAUUUGUGGACCCUGAUGCGGCGGAAAUAUCCCCGAGGAUUCAAUAAUGAGACGGCACGUUUCUACGCCAGUUGCGUGCUGGAAGGUCUCGCGUACUUGCACGAAAGAAACGUCGUUUUCAGGGACCUGAAGCCGGAAAACAUUGUGGUUGCAAAUGAUGGGUAUUUAAAAUUAACAGAUUUUGGUUUUGCAAAACAGAUGGAAGCCAAAGAUAGGUCGUUUACGUUUGUUGGAACUCCAGAAUAUGUUGCACCUGAGAUCAUCAAGGGUGAAGGACACAGCAAGGAAAUAGACUAUUGGGCUUUCGGAAUUUUUGUUUACGAACUGUUAACUUGUAAGACGCCGUUUAAGGCCAAGGAUCCGACUAACUUGAAGACGUACAAAAACAUACUCAAAGGAAUUGACAGCGUUUCAUUUCCUUCUAUUAUUCCCACCAAGGCUAAAGAUAUGAUUAAACAAUUGUGCAGGCCCAAACCUUUCGACAGGUUGGGCUGCAAGAGAAAAGGGAUCGAUGAUAUUAGGAAUCAUGGUUGGUUCAAUAAUUUCGAAUGGGAAUCUCUUAAAGAACAUAAAAUGGCACCCCCAUUCAGGCCGGAAUUGAAUAGCAACGUUGACACCAAAUAUUUUGACAAGUUUAGGAGAGAUUCUUCUGUGCCUAAUGACGAUCUGUCUGACUGGGACAAAGAUUUUUGAUAUCGCAGUAUUUAAAUUGACUGUUUGCUACUCCACAUUUAUAAGUUUCUCAAAGAAUAUAAAAUAAUACCCCCAUUCAGCUCCAAAAUGAAUAGCAACGUCACCAAAUAUUUUGAACUGUUUUGAAAGGAUUCUUCUGUUCCUUCCGACAAUCUAUUCAACUAAGUCAAAGUUUUUUGAUAUUAUUUUAUUUAAAUUGACUCUUUGCUACUAUUGGUUUGUAAAUUUAUUUAAUAAUUUGUAUAUAAAUAAAUAAC